AUAAAUAAUUUAGUCACGCAAUAAAAUAAGGUUUCACAAGCUGCUGCUGCAUCUCCUAUAAAUGAAUAGAAAAACAGUUACUUUAAAUUUAGUCAAAGAUAACUGUUCAGUUUGCAAAAUACUUUAGAGUUAUCAAUAAAAAAGUUCGUUCUAGUCUUGUCAAUGAAGUAGCAAUGAGUGUACUAAGGAUAUUUAUGUAUUUGAAUAUAUUGUUAAUAAUUUACUUGAAAAAUUGUGUUGCAUUUAAUGUGAAUUUUUAUUACAAUUACAAUUUGCAUGCGGAGCCUUUUAAUACAAAAAUCCAUAAGCGUGAGCUGCAAGAAUCUGCAGUGGGUAAAGGUUCCUUAACUUUUCUUGGAUUUAAAAGUGUGGGCACAGUACCGGUUUUGUUUCCCAUUGACAUUUGUGUUCUUCCCUUGGGAAAUGGAACGAAAUAUGCAGCGGCUUUGCACAUGGGAAAAAAUGGAGUAAAGCAUUUUGUUGUGCUUAAGCAUACGAAUGGUUCUUAUGAGGAAUUAUUUAACGUUCGGAAACCCCAUGCCACAGCAAUGGUUUGCACACAAUUCAAAAACAAAGGUUAUGUGUCAAUUGGGUCCAAGCUAACCGCACCUUUGACAACAAUCGAAGAUGCUUCAACUAUAUAUGAAGUCGCUGGCGAUCAAAUAAACCCUCACUAUCUUCCCUUUCCCAAUGUAGCAUCGCAAAGUUUUUAUGUAAAAGAUCAAGAAAUGUUUUUGUUUCAAAUUGUUACCAAUGAAGAUGGAAGGACAUGCCAUUAUUCGAAAUGGAACGGCAUGACAUUCAAUCUAGGGGGCAAUAUAGCUUGCAGUAAUCAUAUACGUCACAUGGAACCAUUUUCAAUAAAUGAUGAAGCUUAUGUGGCGCUAGCUAACUACAAGGAUGUCAACAAUCAAUUAGAAACAUAUUCAGAGAUUUUGAAAUAUUCCCAGAAAACGCAAAAGUUUGAAGUAUUUCAGCAUAUAAAAACUUAUGGAGCAGUCGAUGUGCAUUACUUUAUGGUGGCACAGGGAAAAAGCAGCAUAUCUAAACAUUUUCUGGUGUAUGGAAAUACCAAACGAGUUACUGCAAUGAAUAAUUCAGAUGUCAUGGUGUAUGUAUUCAACUCAAGCAUGCAACAAUUUAGUACUCAUCAAUCGCUAUCAUCCUUGUAUGGUAUUAGGAAAUUCUUAGCACUUCAGAAUUCCGAAGAUGGAACAUGUCUUCUGCUAGCUACUUGUGGGGAAGAAGAUAUAAAAGUUUUUAAUAUGGAAAAUCAAAAUUUCCAGGAAUCCCAGGUUUACUUUAAAGGACACAAUAUAAGACUUUAUAGAGAAUUUCAUAAACAUUUUGUGAUAGUUACUCACAAAGAUAUGAUGCCAAAUGAGGUCUCGAUUUAUAUGCCUGUCUUUAAACAAGACCAACGAAUGAUCAAAUUGAAACAGCAAAUUAUUGACUGGACCGAAAAAGAAUCCAAAAGAUUACAAAUGGGUAAUUUGGAAGAACUUAGUAUGCGGAUGGAGGAGAAACUUAAAGUUCUGGAGAACUCUGGCAUUAAACUCAAACGAGAUGUUGUAAACUCCAAUAUAAAUACCGUCACUACGCAAUCGCUAAUCUAUCCAAGAGCACAACUAUCAGAUGAGUAUUGGAAGGCGUUGUAUUUCAUAAAUCAAGCUAUUAACAUUCUUGAAGAUGAUCUCCAUCAAAAACAACGCUUAAAACGCCAAGUCAAUGGCACUGAUCAACAUGAAGAUUUGGAAUCCAAUAAUAUUGAUCACAUAAUUGAGACAUUAACUGUGAAGGAAACAAUAGAAGCCAAUAUGAUUAAUAACAUUAACACAGAAAAUCUAAAUUUUAAAGAAAUCCAUGCCAAAAAAAUUACCAUAACUGAUGACUAUGUAUCAGCUAAAGAUCAAAGAUCUUAUUCCCCUCCAUCUUUUGAUUAUUCACAAGAUAAUGAUAUGCUUUAUAUAAGAAAUCUUCAAAUAAGUGGCAAAUUAAACGAUUACACUUGGAGUGAGUUAUGGAACAACUCCUUAAAACGUAAUGCAGAAAUACAAUUUAUGAAAGCCCCCACAAAAAUACGAAACUUAGAAACUUCCCGCAUUGUUGUGAAUCAUAAUGAAAUUAAUAGUCAACACUUGGGUACUCUAAUACCCAUUGAUGGUGGAGAGUAUGUCAUUAAUCAAGAUAUACAAUUUGCCGCUCCAGUCAUAGCAAAGGAUGUGGAAAUUAAUGAACGUUUAAAUAAUGUUCAUGUGCUAAAGGGGAAACUUAAUGUACUCCUGAAAAGGGCUAAUGAAACUCAGGUUAUAGAGGGGCGCAAAAGUCUAAUCAAUGUAAAAGUUAUGGAACCUGUAGCAAUAGCGGGUCAAAUGUUGGGCAGACAAUUUGAUGCUAUAACCCCCAAUAAAGCUAUACAUCAACCAAUAAGUCUUGAGGGAGACUUUAUGAUAAAUGCUGAUGUUGAAAUUAAUGAAAAACUUAAAACCGCUGACAUUAUUGAUUUGAAAAAAAAGUUGUCCACAAAACAAACCUUGGAAAAAGGUGUACUCAUGAACGAACUCGUUAAGGAUAUGAAAUUCAAAUUCCUUCAUCCAAUUAAGGCCAACAACUCUAAGAUUAGUUUUGUUAAUCGAAAUGAUCUACAGAGACUCGUCAAACUUAACCAAGAUGACAUUCAAAUUGUUGAAGGAAUGAAAUUAUUCAAAAACACUUUGGAAAUCAGCAGAGGUUUUAGUGAAGUUAAGAAUUUAAAUGGAAUUGAUAUGGAGGAGUUAGAAAAGAGCUCAUUUUUAAAGAACACCAAUCAAACUAUCAAAAUUCCCAUGAAAAUUAAGGAGAUUCAAACAAAAAGUGUUAAUUGUUCCUCAAUUUUAGUAAAUAACCGAAAUAUAACAGAUUAUCUAACAAAGUCUUUAAACCAAACCUCUAAAGCCACCCUUGUUGUCGAUAACCUUAAAGUUAAAACCUUCCAAAUUGAAAAUCUCAAUACCAAUCAAAAAAUAUUCCAACAAACCAUACAAGAUAUUUAUAGGCAAAAGUCUCGGAAUGCUCCCACACAGCAAGAUGUGUUUAUGGAAAAUCAAAAAUUUCAUGGUUCGGUUUACGUUAAAAACCUAAUUCUGAAUUCAACCAUCAACAACAUAAAUGUUGAGGAAAUUGAAAGAAAUCUUUUGCAGUUAGAAGGAAACAUUAAGUAUGUGGGCAAUUUUAAAUUUAAUUAUCCCAUGAAUGUAACACAAUUGACAUUUUAUGGAAAAUUCAAUGAUAUACCAGCCACCGAAUUUGGUAGAUGUUGGUUGCAGAAAAACACCAAGAGACUGCAAGAAUUUAUUGGGCCUCAAACAUUGACCAAAGUCAAUGCCGAAAGUGGAAUUCAUUUUCAGGGUCUUAUAAACGGCUUUACCAUUAAUGAUUUUUAUAGCAAAACCUAUUGGACUAACCGGGAUGAAUAUCUAAAAAAUAUUAUAUUUGAAAAUCCCAUUGAAAUUGCUACCAGUUUAACUACACAAACGUUAAAUCAUCAUAUUGUUCCAGAAGAAUUUUUAAGUUACAGUGAUGCCUCGCAACAAAUAUUCCAGCCCCUAACCAUAGAAGGUGGUUUAAAAGUUGAAGGAGAUGGCUUGAAUAUAACAUUUAUUAAAAACAUUAAUGUGCCGGGCUUAAAAGUCUUUCUCCAAGGUGGCUAUCUCAAUGGCUUGAUUGUAGAAAAUGCUUACUUUGAGCAAGGCCCACCCUCAUAUAAGACACUGAAUUUCCAUAGCAUAGCCGCUACUUUGGAUAAUGUUUGGCUGGCCAAUGAAAAUGUUGUCUUGCCGCAGCAUGUCGAAGUCAACGAAGCCAAUUUUGAAGGUUUACUUGAUUUUGAGGGUCCCAUGAACAACUUGGAGUUGCAAUUUCUACAAGAAAACUACUUAAGUAAAACGAAAUCACAAAAUAUAUCUGCCACAAUGGUCUUUGCAGGAGGAGUUGCCUUUGCAGAUGACACAGAAGCAAUGAAUAUUAUACUAUUGGGGCCUAUUAUAGAAGAAACGAGUGAGGAAUCAUUUAAUUUUAUGAAUUUCGUUGAACACACAUUUAAAGUAAACGGGCAUCCCUAUUCCAUAUCUGGAAAUUGGUCAAUAUUGGAAGCUAUAGUUGAUGGAAGUCUCAAUCAAGCAUUAAUAAAUGAUAUGAAUUUGGUUGAUGAUAUAAUUCAUAAUGGAAAGAACAUUAACCCGUAUUUGAUUACUGCUCCGAAAAAAUUUAAAGAUAUUGCAAUUGGAAAUUUAAUCACGGAUGAUCCUUCCAGUACUCUUCAAGGUAUCACCGUAUCCAGUUGGAUUAAAGAUGCUGUUUAUUUAUAUGAAAAUUUUACCAUAUAUGGAACCACUAAGAUGUCAUCCUUAAAUAUUUUUAACAAUUUAAGUGUGCUGGGUACACUCAACAACAUUUCAUUCAAUGACAACUCAUUACUACUACAAGAUCGAGAACAAAAUAUACCUGGAAAUCUGCGCAUCAUAAGCAAAUUGAUUAGCGAAAAACGUUUUCUCACCAACAACAUAGAAAAUUUAUACACAGAUUCCGUAAACUCGGAACAUGUGCCACGAUUAAUGGAUAAUUUGAUAUUAUUUUCAAAUAAUGUGGAAAUACCGAAUUAUGUAAUUUUUAAGCAACCAUUAAAUGUAGAGAAAUAUCAAGGACCUGAAGGAUUACUUACACCACGAGCUCAACGGUUAAAAAGAGCCAUACAGCAGAGAUCACCUAUAGUCAGUAUUCAUACAAAUAAGAUGAAUUUAGAUGUCAUGCCUAACUUUAAAGUGGCCGAAGAUUAUUUGAAAAAUCUUACGAAAGAUUCAUUCUAUGCUUUGGAUCAUUUUGAAAUUCGACAAACUAUCGAUGUAAAUUCUACAGAUAUAAAUUCUUUUAAUAUGAGAACUCCCAGUGGAUUUGUGGAUAUCAUGGUCCUAGUGGAUAAUGUAACCAGAGAAACUACAUUUUACGAAUGGCAUCCUGGUAGAAGAGAGUUUGUUGUUAGUCAAGAAUAUGACUGGCUUCCGAAGAAUCCUGCCUUGUUAAAAGUCAUACAAAAAAUGUCUAAAGAUGAGAACACUUCCCUUGACAUCGAAUUAUUAAAAUACUUUAUAUCACAACUUACAAUGAAUGUUGCAACUACAAGCAACAUGGAACUGGUGUUUUGGAACGAAACAUGUUUAAUUGUUUACGCCACCUUAAUGGAUUCUCCAAAAUUCAAAAUAACUUGUAUGGACUUUAGCAAAAAAGCAUCCAAUUCUGAGAUUAUGGGCAGAGCAUCUUCGAAUAUACAACAGAUUUUGAGAUUGAAUUCAAAUGCAAUGGCCCUCAUUACAAACAAAUCCUUAGAGAUUUUUAAUUUUAUGUAUGGCAGCUUGAAACUAUCGCAGAAAUUUUCUUUGAAUAAUCCCAAAAACUUGAUGGCUUUGUCUAAUUUUGAAACAAACACGACGUUCCUGAUUCUUGCUACCAAGGCUGAGAGUUCAUCAUUAAAUCACGAUUCUAUUCAAGUUUAUAGGUCAUUUAAUGAUGGCUUCUUCGAACUAUGGCAUACUUUGCCCUGUUCGCAUCUGAAGAAAAUUAUAUAUUCAUCGUUGCCCCUAAGCAAAGAUAUACUUAUAUAUGCCCAAAUCGAUUUACCCAAGAACAAUUUUAAAGUUUAUCACUAUGAAGGUAUUGAAGGCUUCAAAGAAAUUCUAACCUACACAAUUUUACCCGCUCAAUCCAACGAGAAUAUGCAAAUGAUGGAUAUAAAAUCAUCCACCAAUUGCAUAAUUAGUAUUGUGGGCGAUGGAAAAUUGACGGUUGUUGAAAUUGUUUUGAAAAAAUUAUAAAAAGAAAUAAUUGUUAUAUGUAUUUAUAUUGUAUAUAAAUAACUAAAUUGAAUUUUUUUUGUUUGUAAAAAAAAAAGUAA